AUGAGGCGUGCGCCCGCGGCGGAGUGCCGCUCGGAGCUGGGCUUCCCCCCGCGGGGCGGGCGCCGGGAGCCGCCUUUUCCGCUGGGUGUCACUCGGGGGUGGGGAGGAUGGCCCAUUCAAAAGCGCCGCGAGGGGGCCCGGCCAGUGCCCUUCGCUGAGCGCUCGCAGGAGGACGGCCGAGGCCCGGCGGCUCGCAGCGAGGGGACCCGGUGGCGCCUCGGGACGCGGCUGCUCCUCUGCCCGGACCCCGAGCCGCCGUCGCUGUGCCUCCUGCGCGUCGGCCUCCUCUGCGCGCUCCGGGCGGCCGGCCGCCGCGGGACCCGCCGGGGCGAGGACGGAGCGCGGCUGCUGCCGCUGCCCUCGGCCCGGGCGCCGGGGAGCCGAGAGGCCGAGCCGAGCGGCGCCCCCUCUUAUGCCGGGAAGAUGCUGGAGAGCAGCGGCUGCAAGGCGCUGAAAGAGGGGGUGCUGGAGAAGCGCAGCGACGGGCUGUUGCAGCUCUGGAAGAAAAAGUGCUGCAUCCUCACCGAGGAGGGGCUCCUGCUCAUCCCGCCCAAGCAGCUGCAGCACCAGCACCAGCUCCAGCUCCAGCCGCCGCCGCCGCCGCAGCCCGGGCAGGGGCCCGCCGAGCCGUCCCAGCCCGGGGCGCCCACCGCCGCCAUCCUCGAGCCGCCGGCCAAGCUCAAGGAAUUGCACUUUUCCAACAUGAAGACCGUGGACUGCGUGGAGCGCAAGGGCAAGUACAUGUACUUCACGGUGGUGAUGGCCGAAGGCAAGGAGAUCGACUUUCGGUGCCCGCAGGACCAAGGCUGGAACGCCGAGAUCACGCUGCAGAUGGUGCAGUACAAGAACCGCCAGGCCAUCCUGGCAGUCAAGUCCACGCGGCAGAAGCAGCAGCACCUGGUCCAGCAGCAGCCUCCGCAGCCGCAGCCCCUGCCCCUGCCCCUGCCCCAGCCCCAGCCCCAGCUCCAGCUCCAGCCCCAGCCCCAGCUCCAGCUCCAACCCCAGCCCCAGCCCCAGCCCCAGCCUCUAUCCCAGCCCCAGCCACAUUCCCAAUCCCAGCCGCAGCUUCAACCCAAGCCGCAGCCCCAACAGCUCCACGCGUAUCCACAUCCGCACUCGCAUCCGCACCAGCACCCGCAUCAGCUCCCGCACCCGCACCAACAACCGCUCUCGCAGCCGCACGGCCACCGGCUCCUCCGCAGCACCUCCAACUCCGCCUAA